UAUGUGCAUGAGCACGCUCGUCUGCGCAGCCUGCUGGCCGAAUGGAGCGCCCAUGCUGCUAAGCUGGAGGCAGCGCUUUACCGCGCCCAGGUGUACGCACAGAGAGAGGCCGGGAGAGAGGCGCGGAGAGGGGGAGGGAGAGAAGGGGGGAGAGAGGGGGGGCAGCGAGAGGGGGGGCAGCGAGAGGGGGGGCAGCGAGAGGGGGCGCAGAGGGUGGGGACAAGCGAAAGGCAGAGAGGGGGGCAGGUACAGGCGCAGGCAAGCAUAGGGAGACCAGGGGGAGAGAGUGAGGUACAAUCAAGGGCACAAGCACAGGCAGGAACGGAUGGUGAGGCUGAUGGGCGAGGGGAAGGGCGUGUGGAUGGGGGGGGAAACGGGCAGGUAAAUGGGCAGGCGCAGGAACGGAGGCAUGCACAGGGAGUGGGAGAGGAAGAGGGGGGUGGACAGGGAGUGGGACAGGGAGGACAGGGAGUGGGAGAGGGAGUGGGACAGGGAGUGGGACAGCUGUAAGGCGAAGGUGAGGUGGGUGUCAACUUAUACAUAUUAUCUAUGUAGAAGUUAUAGGCUAGACCGAGGUAUGCUUCUAGUGAG